GCUCUGAAUGGCUUCUUGGUCAAAGGAGAGACGCUCAAGCUGGACACUAAGUCUGAACCCCUCCAUCUUGGGUGGAAUGACAGUCAGCGUCAGGGACAAGUAUGUGGACAUGUUUACCAAGAUACAGAAACAGACCAAGAUCAUUAGGGAGCCCUAAUAAUUGGCAUAGGUUGUGUCCCACAUUACACCAUACUCCCUACAGUAUGUAGAGCUAUUAAGGGCUACGAGACCAGGCUGAGGGAAUAGGGUGCCAUUUGGGGGUAUUUUUUUUGUUUUAAACGUUUUGCUUAAUCAACUGGACCUAAGUCCUGUGAACUCAAUAGGGAAUGAAUGACUAGUGGAACAAUGUUACGGGGAAAUGCCUUGCCUAUGUGUAUUAUUGCUUCCCAGCUUCAAGCUUAACAGUACAAAGUAUUCCAGUAAAUUGAGUCUUUCUGUUGUCAUGUUUGUUUUGAUUAGUUAGGAUCCUCAUUGGCCUACGCUGAUGCUGACAGCUCGUCUUACUGGGGUCCCGGACACAUAAUGAAAAAAACAUUACAGACAAAAGACAUUACAAUUGACAUACAUUUAAAAACAUGAACAUGUAGUGUAUCUAUCAGUUCCACAUACAUGUCAGUUCAUACACACAACAUGUAGCUCAUAUUAAAUAUGAUGUAUUAUGAAAAACACUGUAUUUCUCUGUUUUUUGGUGUUUAUUUGUAGCCAGGGCGAAGCUAGUUGAUUUGUAGCCUCGUAAAUAGUGAGGCUAGUUGAUUUGCGGAUGCAGUCAAAUAAAUGUGUAUAGAAAACAUUUGUUUACAGUUUCACAGAGGCCAACUACUGUUUGACAAUCAGACAGCGAAGAACUAGCGAUGUGACUGAAAUGUGAAUAUGUAUGAAACUGUACACAAACUGAUGCGAGUUCUGUAAAUUAGAUUGCUUUCCCACUAACGUCAGGUCAAAUGUAGUUAUAUUACACGGUUUAGUAGAUCAAGCUAGUUUUUUAUCCUGUACUUAAUGUUUGUCAUUGUUAUACUACCACCUACUGAAAGUACAGUAUUGAUAAACCUCUGUUUAUAAAGGUUCCCACUAGUUACCACAGCCGCAAAGUCAAAUUUACCUAUAUCGUAAAAUGUUAUGAAGACACAAAUUUGCUUUUUGGUCUUAAUAUAAGGUUACGGUUAGGCAUAAGGUUAGCAGUGUGGUUAAUGUUAGGUUUAAUGUUAAGGUUUAAAAUCACAUUUUAAGACGAGACGUAGAAAUGGGCGGGGUUUAUGACUGGCUGUCACGAGUGACGACCGUUUCUAAAACUGUUUCAAAACUGUUACCUCAUUUCCUGGACACAAUGUCCACAAUUUCAAAACAAAGAUUACAAAUAAAAUACAUAAUAUCCUAUAUUCUUGAUCGAAAUAUGUCUGGAUUACAUGCCAUUUUUUUUAUUACAGUAAAUGUCUUUAUAGGGCUGCUAGGUUUCCUUAAAGUCUGGCGCGCCUGCGCUUUGAGCCCCUCCUAUUUUAUAAAAAGAAAGCAACCAGAGGAAAAUGGCUGCCUUUCUCACUUAAACCUCUGUCCUAGAAGAAGAAAUAAAUAUCAAAUACCCGGCGCAUAAUGUCAUCCAGGAUCAAGUUAAUAUCCAUGGAAUAUAAAGGCGUAGAAUACAUGCGUUUUUAGGAUGUUAUGGAGGUCAAGAAUGGAAAAUCUGUUUCAUAUUUAACCCUUUGCAUUCUAUGAUCCGCCUACAAAUGAGAAAAUGAUGCACCAAGUCACUGGCAGCAGCAAUGACUAUUGCAUGAGUGGCCUUGCAGAGGAAUGUCAACACCCAACCAGCCACUUUGACUUAUGUAGCUCGCAAUCCAACAAAUUCUACCCUUCGCCUCCACCCCCUACUCUACAGCUGCCCCACCCAAACCUGCACAAGCCCAUGCCCUGUCAAAUGCAACAAGAGACCCAGAAUGAGUUCCACCCUCAGACUGUGAGGAUCCGAGGGCCCAGUGAGGCUCCAACUGGGACAGAGAGCUCCAAGAAAAAGAAAGGAAGCGUUGUCAAAUCCGGCCGUAGAGGGAGACCCUCGGGGACCACGAAGUCAGCCGGUUACCGGACAAGCACUGGACGUCCGUUGGGGACCACGAAAGCUGCGGGGUUCAAGACCAGUCCCGGCAGGCCUCUGGGUACGACCAAAGCAGCAGGCUACAAGGUUAGCCCUGGCAGGCCUCCUGGUAGCAUCAAGACUCUGGCUCGGCUCAAGAAACUGGAGUACGGGAGCUGUGAUGGUACCAAGAAACUAGGCUUCGGUAACUGCGUCGGCGGAGCCAAGAAACUGGACUAUGCCAGCUGUGACGGUACCAAGAAAUUGGACUAUGCCAGCUUCGAAGUGGCACCUUUCCCUUACAACCUGAUGCAGAAACGAGGCUUGCGUGAGCCUACAGGCAAAGUGGAGGAAACUAACGAGUAGUUAUACCUGCGUCUCGUAUCUAUUGCCUGGAAAUCAUAUUUGAGUGCUUGUCCUAAAGGGUGUUGAUGUCUAGAAGGGACUCAUGUAGCCAAAAUAUUGGUUGACUUUUGGAUAUGUCUGGCACUGGUUACUAACGAAUGGCUUCUCCUCUACUCAUUGCACUCUGCUGAUAUUGUCACCAUGUAAUCUGUCCCUAUCCAAAGACUGAAAUCGCUCUCUUUUUUUCAAUUAGUUUGUUAUCUUAUUUUACAGAAAUUGCAUGAUAAAGCAUAUAAUAAAUACAAUCAAUAUACUUUAGCUAAACAGGAAUGAGAAAUAGCCUACUAUUCGUCAUAAUCUAGUCAAAUGCUCGCUGUCUGGAGAAGGGUUGAUGUUUUGUUUAAAUGUUUAAAUAUCGGACUUUCAUUCAUCUGUUUAUUUUAUGCUCUGAUAUAAUGUGCUUUUAUCAUUAGUAGUUUGCUUGUCCUGAUGUUUUCCACAUUGAAAAUGCAUCUUAGUAGGAAACAACACAAAACACACUAGCAAAACAUGAAUCUUAAGCAUCUCCCAGAGUGCGUGUGGCAGUGUUUGUGUCUUUUUGUGUUGUAUGGUAUAACAUAUUUUUUAUUUGUAUUUAUACAUAGCAUAUUUAUACACAGGAUUUCAUGCAAUAUAACAUUGUUACAACAUGUUUUUUGAAAUUGUGCUCAAACUUUUGGGCCUCCCGAGUGGCACAGCGGUCUAAGGCACUCCACCGCAGUGCUAGAGGCGUCACUUCAGACCUGAGUUCGAUCCCGGGCUGUAUCACAACCGGCCGUGAUUGGGAGUCCCAUAGGGUGGUGCACAAUUGGCCCAGCGUCGUCCAAGUUAGGGGAGAUUUUGGCCGGGGUAGGCCGUCAUUGUAAAUAAGAAUUUGUUCUUAACGGACUUGCCUAGUUAAAUAAAGAUUACAAAAAAUAAAAAAUAAACUGACACGAACACAGUGCAUCUGAAAACCUCUCAUAACACUUAUUUGACGACAAAGGAAUUGUUAUUUCUAACUCUUUGUGAAUAUUAAUGGUUUUGUCUUCUCAAUGUACUGUAUUAUCCUUUAUUCUUUGUUCUCACAAGUUAACUAUCAAUUGAUUAAAGCAAACCCAGAAUGG